AUGUCUCCCGAUCAAAACGCAACCCUCGUCUUCAUCCCGUUCCCCGUCCUGAGCCACCAGGCGGCCGCCGUCCAGCUGGCCGAACUCCUCGUGUCCCGGGACCCACGCCUCUCAGUCGCCAUCAUCCUCAUGAAGCUCCCGAUCGACACCAAAACCGGUUCAUCCCCCGAGAAAACCUCCCCCGACUCACGGAUCCACUUCAUCCAUCUUCCCCCCGACGAAUCUAGUUUUGCCACGUGGACCGAGUCGCCCAAAUCCUUCGUCGCCCAAUUUGUUACCAGCCAACGGGGACCCGUGAGGGACGCCGUGUCUAAAUUAAUUGAGACGAAACCGAGACGGCUCGCGGGCUUCGUUGUCGACAUGUUCUGCACGGCCAUGGUCGACGUGGCCCACGAGCUCGGCGUCCCGUCGUACGUUUUCUUCACUAGCAGCGCCUCGUGCUUCGGCCUCUUUCUCCACCUCCAGGGACUCGUCGAUUUCGAAAACCGAGACCUCAAGGAGUAUGCGGAAUCGGAAGAGACAUUUUACGUGGCCGGUAUUGAUCAAUUAUUAUGGCGCUGGAAGCAGUCAAAAGUGGUCCUGUGGGUCUGA